ACAAAAAUGUGACUUAACUCUGUCUAUCUUUGAGGCACUGAUAUAUAGAAUUGAUAAAUACCCAUACAGCACAGAAAUCAAUUAGGACAUAUAUCCUGUGGACGUCCCUGCGACGUCCCCUGGAGCUUCUGUGCUGUAUGGGUUUCGUCCUUGAAACGUAAGAAUAAUGUCCCAAACAUAUCCUAUAGAAAUCCUUAGGAUAUUUCAUAGGAUUUCCCUCGAUAUUCCAGAGGAUCAUAUACGGCUAUCAUUUCCUCUUCCUCGGGACAUCCAGAGGAGAUCCGAGGAUUAAAAUGGGAUAUCCUCAGGAUAUCACACAUGUACGUCCUGGAUGUUCUUUGGAUGUCCUUAGGACAUCCUUGUGCUGUCUGGGUAUCGGCCUCUCAAAUAUCUGCAUUUAAAGCUUUGUGUCCACGAUGCUAGAAAUCGAUCCGAGAUCUCGAUCCAAGAAAUAUGUGACCAAUCAACUUGCAGCUUUUUCAUAAAAGCUACAAAUUGAUUUCUAGCAUCGUGGGCACUAAGAUUUAAGUACGUGCGACCAAUAUUUUAAAUAUAUGUGAGUAUUUCGUGUUCAAAUUUCGCGGGUGCAUUUGGACCGAAAUUUCAAUUGGUUGCGCUCAUCAUGCCGCCGCCGCUAUGCGCAAUACAUCUUUCUUUUUACAUCGUGUUCUCUAUUCACGUGCGAUACGGCACGGAAGAAUCGUGCGUUUUAGGUUAUUAGAGGAUUCGCAUAGAUAAUGUUAAACUGCAUCAUUGAAGAUUGUGCAUAAUAACGUGGUGCACAUUACUUGAGCUUUUUCUUUCUUGAUUAAUUUACAUGAAAUGCCGCAUGAUCCUGCGGAUAAAACGCAUAGAAAACCGCGUCAGACCAGAGGCACCCCGCUCGGAAGAUAUGUAAAUCUCAUAUCACUUGGCGUGACACUUUUCUACGGUGGUAUAUUAUACCUUUCCUAUAGAAAAAAUGUAAUUCCGCUCGCAAAUACCGACGAUACGUAUAAGAAAAUGUUAGAAGAGGCUAGAAAAAGGGACUAUCUUGUAGACUAUCCUCCAAUUAUGCACGAGCUUGCCGACAAGCUGUUUUGGGAAGGAUUAUUUAAACCUGAAUCAGAGGAUGCACAAAAAACUGAACAAGAUUAAAUAAUAGUACACAUUGAGUUUUCACAUAGAUGUAUAAUGGAUCUUAAAGAAGGUGGGUUAUGUAAGCCUAGUAGUCCAGAGAGGAGAUUACGGUUAAGGAAAGAUAAAGAAAGUGCAGAUAAUAAGACUCGUCUUUCUACUUCCAAUGACAAGUGUGAAAAGAAUGAUACAACUUGUACAUCACAGUCUCAAUGUGACGAUGAUAGUAUACUGGACUUCAAAUCACCGAAAAGAAUGUAUUCUGUGCAACCAACAAUUAUUAGCAGUAAUAAGUACACGAAUAAGUCGAAAAAAAAGCCGAUACCCCACUCUAAAUCGAAACCCAUUAACAACGACAAAAAAAUCGAGGGCAAACCGUCACAUAGUAGGAAAAUUUUACACGAUGUACAACAGCCACCGAUCGAAUCAUCGUUUUUCAAAUCGGAGAAAAAAGCAGACCCAGCUGAUGUGAAAACAGCUUGCGUGUGUCCGUUAUGUUUUAAGAACUUCAAAGAUGAAAGCUCGCAAGCUGUACAUAUGAAGAGCUGUGCGAUAAAAAAUAACGUGUCGACGAAGAAGCUGAUGGUUGCGGUGGAACUGCAAGAGCGGCAGGCUGCGGAGAGGAAGUCAUUGGGUUUACUUUCCGCCCCUGCGUUACAAGAGAAGAAGAAACCUGCUCCGCGUAAAUUGGCGUCCCACGACGACCCCGAUCUUCAGCUUGCUUUAGCACUUUCCAAAUCCUUACAUGAAAAAGAGGAGAUGGAAGAAUGGGGUGAACAAAUGAUGGUUAUAUCGUCCAAUCCGUUAUUGCCAGAUAAUAAUGCAGAGCAGUGUCGGAAAACGACGUUGCAGAGCUUUGGAUUCAUUAGCGACCGAAAUAUAUCACCGGCAGAUAACUUGUCCAAUAAAACUAAGAGAAAAAGACCUAUUGAACGGACCAUUCUUCAGAGACGUACGGCAGUAGAAAGGGAACGUAUUUUAGCAGAGAGAAUAGCUGAAAUACUUAUGGGCUACAGAGAUUUCACUCAAGGAUUGCAGGAAGAGGAAGAACGGAGUGAUAACGUCGAAAAGAAAAUUAUUAUCAAAAAUCGACUGCUUCAGGAAUUGCGUCAGACUGAGAAUACAUUGUGGGAUAGGACAAGAUUAACUGCGUCUGAAAAUGUAUUUUAUGUAGACCAAUUAUUGCCUCAGACUACGCCGUCCAAGAAAGAACAGAAAUUAAGCCAAAAAGCAAAAGAAGUAGAAACUGUAGAGGCAGCAGUUGAUGAAGAGGAAUUAACGAUUUCUUCGAAUGAGAUGAAAGCAUGUUGCAAGGAGAAAAGAUUUCUUGAUAUAUUUGUAAAAAGUUGGGGAGACAUACUGAAUGAUAGUUCCGCAAGUGAUAUUAUCAUACUCGUGAGAAACGGCAAACACAUUUGGACGCACAAGCUAGUUUUCUACGUACGUUGUGCUAACAUCUUACUUGACGUAAUUUCCAAUGAUACAGAAUUCGCUACUGCGAAAGAAAAAAUUUCUUGGAUCGAUACGGAUUACGACGUCGCUCUGGCUUUUCUAGAGUUCGUUUAUUGUGGCGUGAUAAACAGAAAUUCGAAGGUACUCGAUAUCGAUGCGUCAUUAUCGAGCAUCAGAGGUUUAGCGAGAAAAUAUAAAGUAAACGAUUUGUUUGCUUACUUGCGUCAAAGAGAGCUUACAUCUGAUGUAACAAAAGUCGAAGAUGAUUCUAAAAAUUGUGAAAACGUGGAAAGUAUACAUGAAAAUGUGGAAACCACUUCAGGUGUUUUGAAACUAAAUGAAUCUACUUCCAAUACAUCGUCGAAUCAUACGCGUGAUGGCUUGGACAACAAUCUGCGUCCUCGAGAAGCACUGUUGCAGGAAGAUAAUAUAGAUUCUUUUGAAGAUAAUCACACAUCUAUAGAGGAGUCCUACGUUCUGGAAAGUGAAAAUAUUAUUUUAAUGAAAUCACCGGAUAAAAUAAAAUCUAGAAAUAACACACCCACCAAGUUUGACUUUAGCGCAUCUCCUGACAUGUUUGACGAUGCGCCUGACGUGACAAAGUAUAAUGAUACAAGCACAAUGUGCUCCGAGGAGCAGGAAGAUUCAAAUAUUAACAUAUUAUUAAGCUUGAUUAAACAAGAUGCAGACGCUGAUAUCUCUAGUCAAAGAUCACCAGUUAGGAGGCCUCGGAGCGCAGAACAUUCAGAAUCGAUCGAAGAUACAGCCACUUGUUCGAAAAAUGUGGAACAGGAUGUAAUCGAGAUUGAUUCGGAUUCUGAAUCAAAUUCAGUGAAACCGCCCACCAUUAACAAUUCUUUACAGAAAAAUUCUUCGAGUGACGCUGCUCAAAGCAGUAAAUCGAGUAUACCAAACCAGAAAAGUGAUCUAACAUUGUUCAUCGAGAAAAUUCAAAGGCAAAACGCAAAAUCGGAUUCGGAUUUAGAUACAGAUUCCGAUAUAGAAUGUGACGUACAAAUAUCUCCUAUGAGACAUAAAAAUCCAUUUCACAUAGACAAACGUAUCCCCGAAGAUGCUCAAUCGAGUAAUGCUGAACAGCCAAUCAGCACAAACAAUAAACCUGGUAGAUUAAGUAUAAUGGAACGAUGCAUACAGUCAUAUGCUAACAAAAAUCCAGAAUUUUAUUCUCAUUGUUCUAGUGAACGUGAAAAUGGCAAGCAAACUGAGACUUUACAUCCAAUUUCUGUAUCCCCUAAGACACUGGCAGAACCUUACGAUGAUACGUUAUAUUGCACGAAAAACUUUACUUCACCAGCUGAAAAGGAUAGCAACUUAACAAAGCAAGUCGUAACUGCGCCACCAUCAGCAACAACAACAAGUCAAUCGUCAAAUGAGAGUAUUUCUGAUGUAGAAGUGAAUGAGACAGAGAUUUCUAUGUAUUCUAAAUACAUGAAAGAUCACAAGGAUAAUAGCAUUGCGAAAUAUCGCGCGGUAAUCGAGAAAAAUGCAUCAGACAGUGAUCUGUCUAAUGAAAGUACCUCAUCCACUUUGGUCAAUGAAAGUAAUGAAAUUGAUGAACGUGAGAAUGAUGAAGUGUUGACACAAGAUGUAGAUAUAAUUGUUUCGUCGGAUACAGAGAUUGAGAGCAUAUCUUCCAGCGUCAGUUGUCCUGUACAAGACGAUGAUGCUGAUCACGAGAAUCCAAUGUUUCGUCUCGUGCAACAAUCUAAAAAAUCAAGAGAGAAUAAUGGACAAAAUAUAGAAGAUAAAGAAAAUGGUCAAUCAGUCAGUAUUCCAAAAGCCGUGACGACAACUUUAGAGGAACAAAGAGACAGUAGUGGGAUAAUCGGUUCAAAUCAUGAUAGCGUCAACAGUAGUACAGGUAGCAAAUCUGAUAAUGUAAACCUUAACGCAUAUUUUACGCAAAACACAUCUAGAUUAAAUAAAUCGCGUGAUAACCAGAAAGGAUUUAUCCCAAACUCGACGGCGACAUUUUCCAGUCUGGAUUUUUCGAAUGUAGAAAGUCGAUAUUCAGACGGCAAAGACUGCAAUAAAUUUAUGUCAGAGUCGUCAAACAAUUGUGAAUUAAAAAAGUCCAUCGAACAUUCUUUCAACUUCGAAGACGAUAUAUAUCUUGCAAACGUGGACGUCGAGAAAUACGAAAAACGAGAACAGCAAGCUUUGGAAAGGAGUCAAUCAAGUAGCGUGUUAACUUUGACAGAAUUUCGAAAAAGUAAUGCACGAAGAUGCACUAAUAAAAAUAAUAACAAGAAUAUCAAAACUAGCGGCAUAGCUGACGAUAUCACGUCUGGAAAUUUAGACCGUAAUAGAACGUCUUUGACUCAAAAUUUUGCAGCUAUUAGGACAUUUAAGAAAAAAUCUUUAUCAGAAGGACAGAUUAGUAGCAACAUAUUACGUAAUCAGGAGACAACUUUUAAAGAUAUAUCUUCGCAAUUGCAAUGCAGUUAUAGUCAAAAGAUUGGAGAUGCAAAAAUUGAGCCUAAAAUAUUCGACAAAGAUGUUACGCCUUCGCCUCAUUACAAUAGUAUGAGUUCUCCUGAAUUGCACAAAGAAAUGAAAAAAUACGGAUUAAAGAUACAAAAGCGUAGCAGAGCUGUAAAAUUGUUAUCGCACAUUUAUAACGAGCUUCAUCCCUUGAUACCUACAACUGAGGUGAUUCCAGAAGAAAAAGUCACUGAAAUAUCAAGCGAUGAAGAUGAUGGCCCACCAAAAAAAAAGCGGAAUGUAGAAGAUAAUUAUGUAGAAAAACCCGACAACGUCGAGGAAAAUGAUGAUGAACUGCUUUGUUCUCAGGAUAGCAAUAAGAGUAUAAAUUCUUUAAAAGAUAGAGUCAGCAAAGAAAUGGAAUUUUAUGAAACCGAAUCGUAUCCGCCGUUAGAAAAUUCAUCAGAUAUUACAAAAGCCUUUACGAAACUGAUAAAUCUUGACAAAGCUUUGUAUAACAAGAUAUUACAAUACGAACCUAUAAAUAUCGAAGAGUUACGUUCCACGUUACGGACACAUGGAUUCAAAUGCAAGCUUCCCAAUCUCAUGAGUUUUUUGGAUGAACAGUGUAUUACAUUUUAUGUACCAGAACAGAGCAGUAGGAGCAGAAUCCGCAAGAAAACAUAAUUCUGUACACAUGAAGUACUUUCAAGGAACUCAAAUAAAAUUUUUAUAUCGUUUUCCGUAAGAUACACACUAUAUAAAAUAUGAGUAGUAAGUUUUAUAUAUUCUAUGUGAUUAUCAAUUGUAUAUAUCUGAUUUGUAGCACAUUAUAUUCUUAUACUUAUUAUAUAUUAUUCUUGAAAUUUGUUGAAGAGAAAUAUACAAUUUACAUUUUGUAAAUU